CUCUCUAUUUAAAAACAAGAAUAGCCCACUGCUUUAUCCCAUGCACUUGUCUUCUUCACUUCCAACACUCCUACCUUAGUGUUUUGUUUUUUUAAUUUCUUGUUCAUACCUCCCUUAUCUCUCUGUCCAUAACUUGUCUCUUUAACACAGUUUAUCUUCAAUUCUUGAUCUCUUCUUCUUAUAUAUUUUCCAUUCCCCCCUCAUCACUCCACAGAACUCAUUACACAUUCAUUUCAAUAUUCUAUCUGACAACUCCCAUUUUCUUGCCUUUUGUCUUUCUUUUUUUGACAAUUUCCUUUUCUUACUUUCCCUGACAAUGUCAAGCAGAAGAUCACGUUCUAGACAAUCUUCAGGAGUUUCCAGAAUAAGUGAUGAUCAAAUCGCCGAUCUCGUUUCUAAGUUACAACAACUUAUUCCUGAAAUCCGUAAUAGGCGUUCUGACAAGGUUUCAGCUUCAAAAGUGUUGCAAGAAACUUGCAACUAUAUAAGGAAUUUACACAGAGAAGUGGAUGGGCUAAGUGAGAGAUUAUCACAGCUUUUGGAAUCAACUGAAAGCGACAGUGUUCAAGCUUCUAUUAUUAGAAGCUUACUUAUGUGAUGAUAGCAACUUCAGCUAGUAGCUAUAUAUUAGCUCAACUUCUACUUGAUUAAAAUUUCUAUUAAGAUGCAGCAGUUAUUAUUUAUUAAUUAGGGUUUUGGCCACUAGGUCAAAGUAAGAGAGGGACCAUGUACUUUGGCUCCAUUCCAAGGGGUUUUUUCUCGUUUUUUUUUCUUCUUUUUUUUUUUUUAUAAUUUCCAUCCGAUGUCCAGUGCCUGUUUUGGGGCCUGACUAAUUCGGAUUUGCGUUGUGCUUAGACUAGCUAGCAUUAGCAAGCUAUGUCACAUAUAUAGAUUUAAAAUAAGAGAGACAUCUCUUUAUCUACUUAGAUUUGCCAUUUUUUUUAAUAUAUAUUAGAGUAGUAUUUAAUUUACUGAUGUUGUAUUGUUGUAUCCAUCCAUUUUAAGAGCUGAUGCUAGUUUGAUCUCAGCCUUAAUUUGUUAAGUAUAUAAGUAUUCAAGAUAUUUUUAUCAUCUA